GUACUUUGGAAAGAGAAAAUUACACUCCUAUCUAACAACGAAGACAAUAACAGGCACACGAUCCGAGGCUUUUCAGAUUGAAACUCUCAAUCAAUUGUCCAAUCAUUCGCAAGGCUUUCAUUUCCUUGAUCGAUUUCCUACAGAGAGGAGAUGUAUCUAUCCUCAUCAAUUUAAUGAUCAAUCCUCGGAAUGGCAUUGUAUGGAGAGUGUUGAUGCAUUGGAGAAGAUAAACUCUAAAUUAAUUCCCAAAUAUUUAAAUAUUGUAACGUUUAAUGUUUGGUUUGCUCCCUUGAUGAUGAAGGAAAGAAUGGAGGGAAUAAUGCAAAUGCUAAUGGCGAGAGAGGAAUUACCUGAUGUGAUGUGCUUUCAGGAGGUAACUGAUGAGGCAUUGGAAUUCAUUGCUUCUCAUGAAUUGAUAAGAAAGGAGUAUUAUUUGUCUGAUUCUCCCAAUGAUUAUUAUACAACUGUGGAUCCGUAUGGAGUGUUGAUGGCUGUGAGGAAGGGAUUGCCUGUGAGGAGAAUGUUUUAUAAUACAUUGCCUUCUAGAAUGUAUAGAGCUUGUUUGUCGGUUGAGUUGAAUGAUGGAAAGGAGAGUUUUUGUAUAUCAACAGUUCAUUUGGAAAGUUUGGCCUCUACUGAUAUGAGAUUCAAACAAUUGGAUGUUAUUAGUGAAUUUCAACAAGCAUUUGAUAAUGCUGUACUGUGUGGUGAUUUUAAUUUUGAUUCUGAGAGGAAUUAUGAUGAAGAUUAUCUUCCCUACCUUGAAAAUGAUUAUUUGAAUAAUGAAAAUUGGAAGAGCUACACUGAUAUCUGGAAGGAGUUGAAAUAUCCAUCUAAUGAGCUUGGAAAAACCUUCGAUACCUCAGUUAAUACAAUGCUUAAAGGUCAAAAAGAAGAGUUGAUGAGAUAUGACAGAGUUAUGCUCAAAUCCAAAUCUUGGAAACCAACAUUUGUUGAACUAUUGGGGACUAGUCCAAUUCAGACGAAUCCAGAUAUUUUCCUAUCAGACCACUUUGGAAUUUGUACAAGAAUCGAAAAAAGUGAUUAGGAAAUAAAAGUGAAAUAAAACUGUGCCUUAGAUU